AUGGAGGGCAGAGAGGCAGAGUUGACACCCCAGCUGAUCAUGGCUGUUGGGACAGCUGUGAUUGGCUCUUUCCAGUUUGGCUACAACACUGGUGUCAUCAAUGCUCCUCAGAAUAUCAUUGAGAACUUCUACAAUGAGACGUGGACCAGCAGGUUUUCAGAGUCCAUCCCUCAGAGCACUUUAACAGCUCUGUGGUCGCUCUCUGUGGCCAUCUUCUCAGUGGGAGGAAUGUUUGGCUCCUUCUCUGUUGGCCUCUUCGUCAAUAAGUUUGGCAGGAGGAACUCCAUGCUCAUGGCCAAUGUGCUCACCUUUAUUGCUGUUGUGUUUAUGGGCUUUUCCAAGCUGGCUGCCUCCUUUGAGAUGUUUAUCAUCGGACGUUUCAUAAUAGGCAUCUACUCUGGCCUCUCCACUGGCUUUGUGCCCCUUUAUGUUGAGGAAAUCUCCCCCACAUCUCUCCGUGGAGCAUUAGGCACUCUGCAUCAGCUUGGUGUAGUGAUCGGCAUUCUCAUCGCACAGAUCUUUGGUAUUGAAUCCAUCAUGGGAAAUGCCUCCAUGUGGCCCCUCCUGCUGGGCUUUACUCUGCUGCCAGCUGUGCUGCAGUGUGCCCUGCUGCCACUCUGCCCUGAGAGCCCACGCUACCUCCUCAUCAACUGCAACGAGGAGAGCAAAGCCCGCAGCAUCUUGCUGAAGCUGCGGGGCACUGACAAUGUGAGUGAGGAUAUCCAAGAGAUGAAGGAGGAGAGCCAGCAGAUGAUGAGAGAGAAGAAGGUUACCAUUCCUGAACUGUUCCGCUCCCCCAUGUACCGCCAGCCAAUCUUUGUUGCCAUCAUGCUGCACCUCUCACAGCAGCUAUCUGGAAUCAAUGCUGUGUUUUACUACUCGACUGGGAUCUUUGAGCAAGCAGGAGUGUCCCAGCCUGUCUAUGCAACCAUCGGUGCCGGAGUGGUCAACACUGCCUUCACUGUGGUGUCUUUGUUUGUGGUGGAGCGUAUGGGCAGGAGACCACUUCACCUUAUUGGUCUGAUGGGAAUGGCAGUUUCAGCAGUUUUUCUAACUGUUGCUAUGGCAUUGUUGGACCAGAUCAGAUGGAUGUCCUAUAUGAGCAUUGUGGCUAUCUUCAGUUUUGUAGCCUUUUUUGAAAUUGGCCCUGGCCCCAUCCCCUGGUUCAUUGUGGCUGAGCUCUUUAGCCAGGGGCCCCGGCCUGCUGCCAUUGCAGUUGCUGGUUUCUCCAAUUGGUCAGCCAACUUCUUAGUAGGGAUGUGCUUCCCUUAUAUAGAGCAACUCUGUGGCCCGUACGUCUUCAUCAUCUUCACAGUCCUGUUGCUUGGCUUUUUCAUCUUCACCUACUUCAAGGUGCCAGAGACCAGGGGCCGCACCUUUGAUGAGAUUGCAGCAGGCUUCCGACAGUCAGCUGGUCAAGGUGCUGACAAGUACUCUGCACCCGAAGAGUUCAACACCCUCAGGGGGGAUGAUCCUGAUCUUUAA